AUGGCCUUCCAGCUCAACCAGCUCGUCCCAUGUCUUUGCAUCAUCCUCCUCCUAUCGAUCAUCUCCUUCUCACACGCCAAGGUGAAGGAGAUGCCGUGCAUUGUCCGCGACUCCGGCGAGGACCAGGGGAGGAACUACACCCUGGACGACCCCGAUCUUGUAUUCCUGGUCGACAAGGACUCCGGGUUCGCACAAAUGCACCUCUACAACCUAUCCUACGCCGCCCUGAACAACACAGUGUUGUCCACCAUGGAUCGCUUGAUAGAACUCUAUCAAAAGCGUCCCGACGGGUUGGGGGUCGACGAGGCGUCCUUCAGUGUCACCAUCGUCGUGCGGAACCAGACGACAUCGGCUGCAAGCAAUCACCUCGCCUUCCUUAUCCUCCCUGCGGAGACCCUUGAUUUUCUUCAGGUAAACGACUCCUUGCCCUUGGCAAAGGAACUGGUGUUCGAUACCAUUUUCUACCCGCAAGCCAACCGCUCCGGUUUUGCCAACACUACAUACCGGAGCGGCUCCGUCUACGGAGUCGACAUGUACGUCGACAUGACCAUCGGAAUGCUGGCUAGCCCCACGCAGACGGGGUAUGUUGGUGAACGCGUGCUGGUUGUCAAUAUCUUUACCAGCAUAGUCGGCCCCAACUAUUCUGUGUGGAUCGACUACGACCAUGUCGGGCUGCUGUCUGUGUACGCAGACGCUGAGGGCAAGCCCAAACCUAGCAAUGCCAUAGGCAUGGCGCCAUUCAGCAUCGGCAGCGUCAUUUCUCCGACAUCCCCAUUUGCCUAUUUUGGAUUCCUCUCCACGGUGGAGUCGCGACUCCGUAUCAGAGGCAUCCGCUUCACCGCAACGGUCGACAACUUCCCUUGCUACCCCGUCAAAAGAGGCUUCCUGUCAAGGAAGGUCACCAUAUUGUCAUCGGUCCUUGGUUCUAUAGCCGCCACCGCCGUGGUGGCCGCCACCCUGGCGUGCUACUUCAACUCAAGAUACCGGAGGUGGCACAAGGACCUGGACCAGCUCGCCAGGUCCAUGGAGCGCCUCCCUGGGGUACCCACCAAGAUCGACUUCAUCGAUAUCAGAAAAGCCACCAACAACUUCCAUGACCGCAUGAAGCUCGGUGGAGGCGGGUUUGGCACCGUGUAUAUGUGCACACUCCCCGCCUCCGCUUCCAAGUUGGAGCGGCCGAUGGACGUGGCCAUCAAGAGGUUCACGCGUGACGUGCAGAACCGCCGAUACGACGACUUCCUCACCGAGGUCAGCAUCAUCAACCGGUUGCGCCACAAGAACAUCGUCCCCCUCAUCGGGUGGUCUUACAACAAAGGAGUGCCACUGCUUGUGUUCGAAUUCAUGAAUAAUGGCAGCUUAGACCAACAUAUUUUCCAUAGAGGCGGCAGCGGCACCAAGCAACAAAACAUUGAUGAUGCCAUUUGGCGAUGGGCAACCCGCUAUGAGAUCAUCAUGGGCAUAGCCACUGCUCUGCACUAUGUCCACCACGAGUAUGAGCCCAUGGUGCUCCACCGGGACAUCAAGGCAAGCAACAUCAUGCUGGACUCGAGGUUCCAGGCUUGCCUCGGCGACUUUGGCCUGGCUUGCACCGUUGCCAUUGACAGAAAUUCCGUCAUCGGCGUGGGUGGCACCUGGGGCUACAUCGCCCCAGAGUACCCAGUUUGCCGCAAGGCGACGCGGCAGACAGACAUCUACGCUCUUGGGGUGCUCAUCCUCGAGGUUGUCACAGGGCUACGGGCGUUGGCUGAUCAUGAGGUGGUGGAUGAUGACGACAUGCAUAUCACCGAUAGAGUGUGGCGUCUACACCGAGAGGGGAGGCUAUUGGAAUGCGUGGAUGCCAUGUUGAUCAGUGGUUUUUCUCCCGACAAUGAGGAGCAGCUAGACAAUGUUGGCGAUGCGGAACGCUUGCUGCUCCUGGGCUUGGCCUGCAGCAACCCAAACCCGUCAGACCGGCCAACCAUGCGCGAAGUGGUGCAGGUCAUCGCCAAGUUAGCUCCACCACCACAGGUGUCACCUCUGAAGCCAAGAUUCGUGUGGCCACCGCAGGAAGAGGGUCAUUCAGUGACCUGCAAUGAUGAUAGCCUAGGUACAUCAAUGGUAAGUAAUCUCGACAAGAGUAUGGCAAGCCUUACCAGAGGGCGUGCUUAA